AUGGCUGACCAGCGUGAGCGCAACGCGCAGUAUGACUACAAGGCGAACUCCAACCUCGUCCUUCAAGCGGAUCGGUCCUUGAUCGGCCGCGCUCGGCAAGAGCCGUCAAGCGAGGUCCAGUCGCUGGUGGGCAAGCUGACCAACACACGCAUGGGAGACAAGGUGCUCAAGAGCAAGCCCGAGCGACCGAAUGCUGCAGCGGCCGCCAAGCGCGAUGCAAAGGCAACGUCUGCGUCUGGUGGUGCUGGCAGAGGUGUCAUGACGGCAGAGGAGCUGCGAGGCCAGGUGCAGAGCAACGCUUCCGUGCUCACGCACCUUGCAGACGACAUGCAUGGGCUGGAUUAUCGCCCGCGCACCAAGGAGACGCGCGCUACUUAUGCCUCGAUUCUGUCCGUGAUGCAGAGCCACUUGGGCGACCAGGAGCGUCGCGUUUUGUGUGGUGCAGCGGACGAGGUGCUGGCCGCCCUCAAGGACGAGCGAAAAACCGACCCGCAGCGCAAGCGCGAGAUUGAGUCCCUCCUCGGCAGCGUGAGCUCGGAACGGUUUUCCCAGCUCGUGUCGCUUGGAAAGCAAAUUACAGAUUAUAACGUCGAGAACGCUGGCGGGGCGACCGACCUCUCGGGCGAUCGCAUGGACACUGGCGAAGGUGUGACAGACGAGAGUGUCGCCGUCGUCUUUGACGACGAGGACGAGGCCGAGGAGGAUGGGUUGGCCGACGUGGCUGUUGGCGCUGAGGACGUCGACGAUGACGACGACGACGAGCUAGACGGCGCGAACGGUGCGGACGGUCGCAUGUCCGACGGUGCUGGACUGAAUGGUGCGGGCACGCUCGGCGCGUCUGGCGCCACCAGCGGCGCAAGUGCCAACGGCAAAUCAGCAGCCCAGCAGCUUGCCCUGGACAAGGACUAUGUCGAUCCGCGCACGAUUGACGCGUUUUGGCUGCAGCGCGAGCUGGCCAAGUUUUACACCGACGCCGUCGAUGCGCAGCGCAUUUCAGAGGAAGUGUUUGGCGUUUUGCAACACUCUGCCGACGACCGCGAGUGCGAAAACCGACUCGUUCUCUUGCUCGACUAUGACAAGUUUGAUCUGAUUCGCAUCCUGCGCAAAAACCGCCUUGCGAUUGUCUACACGACGCAAUACCGCCGUGCUGUCAGCGACGAGCAGCGACAAGAGCUGGAGGCGGCCAUGUCUGCCAACCCUGCCCUCUUCUCUGUGCUUCGUGCCCUCACCGGCCUCGAUGCCGGAGGCGCUUCCAGCACUGCUGCUGCUGCUGGAGGUAGCGACGCUACUGCAAUGGACACGAGCACCGGCCCAUCAUCUUCUGCAGCAGCAGGUCCUUCCGCCAGCGCGACCGCCGGAGCGUCUGCAACCGCACGGCAAGCACUCGACCUCGAGUCGCUCGCCUUCCCCGACGGCGCACACACAAUGACCAACAAGCAGUGCAAGCUUCCCGACGGCUCUGUGCAAAAGACUUACCCUGGUUACGAAGAAGUGCGCAUUCCUCCGCUCACCCACAAGCCGUUUGCAGACAAUGAAAAGCUGGUCAAUAUCGAAGAGCUGCCCGAGUGGGCUCGUGGCGCCUUCCCCAAGUUCAAGUCGCUGAAUCGCAUCCAAAGCCGCAUCUAUCCCGCCGCCAUGCAUCGUGACGAAAAUCUGCUGGUGUGCGCCCCCACGGGCGCCGGCAAAACCAACGUCGCCAUGCUGUGCAUUCUCCGCGAAAUUGGGCGCAAUCUCAACCCCGAUGGCUCUGUCAACCUUGACGCGUUCAAGAUUAUCUACGUUGCGCCCAUGAAGUCGCUCGUCCAGGAAAUGGUGGGCAACUUUUCCAAUCGUCUGAAUGAGGCGUACGGCAUCAAGGUCGCAGAGUUGACGGGUGACGCCCAGCUCAGCAAAGACCAAAUUGCCGAAACCCAAGUCAUUGUGUGCACCCCCGAAAAGUGGGACGUCAUCACCCGCAAGGGCGGCGAGCGCAGCUUCACCAACCUCGUCUCCCUCAUCAUUAUCGACGAAGUGCACUUGUUGCACGACGAGCGUGGUGCCGUCCUCGAGUCGAUCGUUGCACGCACCAUCCGGCAGAUCGAGUCCACACAAGAGCGUGUUCGCAUCGUCGGCCUCAGUGCAACCUUGCCCAACUAUGAGGAUGUUGCCGCCUUUUUGCGCGUCGACCUCACCACCGGCUUGUUUUACUUUGACAACUCGUACCGCCCCGUUCCGCUCGAGCAGCAUUAUGUGGGCAUCACUGAAAAGAAGGCCAUCAAGCGUUACCUUCUCAUGAACCAGAUUGUCUACAACAAGAUUAUCGAGCUCAAGGAUCCGACGCAGCAGGUCAUUGUCUUUGUGCACUCGCGCAAGGAAACCGCCAAGACUGCCCGCGCGCUGCGUGACUUGUGCAUCGAGAACGACACGCUGGGGCGCUUUGUGCGCGACGAUUCGCCCUCUACCGAGGUGCUUCGCUCGGAGGCCGAGAACUGCAAAAACACGGAUCUGAAGGAGCUGCUCCCGUACGGCUUUGCCAUCCACCACGCCGGCAUGAACCGCGCCGACCGUACCCUCGUCGAAGAACUCUUCGCUGACCGGCACAUCCCCGUCCUCAUCAGCACUGCCACGCUCGCCUGGGGUGUCAACCUUCCCGCUCACCGUGUCAUCAUCAAGGGCACUCAAAUCUACAAUCCGGAGAAGGGUCGAUGGGUUGAGCUCAGCUCCAUGGACGUGAUGCAAAUGAUUGGUCGUGCCGGUCGCCCGCAGUUUGACGACCGCGGCGAAGGCGUUCUGAUCACAUCGCACGAUGAGUUGCAAUUCUACCUCUCCCUGCUCAACCAGCAGUUGCCCAUCGAAAGUCAGCUUGUCAGCCAUCUGCCAGACAGCUUGAACGCCGAAAUCGUGCUGGGCACCAUCGCGUCCGUCAAGGAUGCUGUCGCGUGGCUCGGCUACACGUAUCUCUUUGUUCGCAUGAUGCGCGCCCCGGCCGUCUACGGCAUCACGCCCGAGAUGCUUGCGGCCGAUCCCAACCUCGAGGCGUACCGCGCCGACCUGAUCCACGCUGCAGCCGUCCAGCUGGACAAGUGCGGCCUGACGCGCUACGACCGCCGCACGGGUGCCUUGCAGGCGACCGAUCUUGGUCGCAUUGCCAGUCACUACUACUGCACAAGCGAGACCAUGGCCAAGUACAACUCGCUGCUCAAGCCGUCGCUCACCGACAUUGAGCUCUUCCGCGUCUUCUCGGUCAGCUCCGAGUUCAAGUACAUUACCAUCCGCGAGGAAGAGAAGCUCGAGCUCCAGAAGCUCAUGGAGGUUGUGCCGAUUCCCGUCAAGGAGUCGAUCGAAGAGCCGACCGCCAAGGUGAAUGUGCUCUUGCAGGCCUACAUUUCGCAGCUCAAGCUUGACGGCUUUGCGCUCGUGACCGACAUGGUGUACAUUUCGCAAUCCGCGGGCCGCCUCGUGCGCGCCAUCCACGAAAUCUGCCUCAAGCGCGGCUGGGCCCAGCUUGCCGACCGCGCUCUGACGCUCUGCAAAAUGGUCGACUGGCGCAUGUGGCAGACGAUGAGCCCGCUGCGCCAGUUUUCGAAAAUCCCCGAGGAGAUUAUCAAAAAGAUUGAGAUGCGCAACUUCCCUUGGCAGCGCAUGUUUGAUCUGUCGCCCGAACAGCUCGCGGAGCACAUCAAGGCGCCCAAGAUGGGCAAGUCCCUGCACAAGUAUGUGCACCAAUUCCCAAAGCUGGAGGUCUCGGCCCACUUCCAGCCCAUCACCCGUUCCACCCUCCGCAUCGAGCUCAGCAUCACCAAGGAUUUCGUCUGGGACGAGAAGACUCACGGCACUGCCCAGCCCUUCUGGAUUUUGGUCGAGGAUGCCGACGGCGAGACGCUCUUGCACUACGAGCCAUUCCUCUUGCGCGCCCGCAGCGCCGACCGCGAACACCCCGUCUCCUUCUAUGUUCCGCUGUUCGAGCCGAUGGCUCCUCAGUACUUUGUCCGCAUCGUGUCCGACCGCUGGAUUGGCAGCGAA